AUGGCACUCCCUAAGCUCCUCCUGCUUCUCUUCGUCGGCGGUGCACUGUCACUCACCUUCUUCUCCGGUUCAGCAGAGGCCGGCGAGGUGGGCGUGUGCUACGGGAUGAUGGGCGACAACCUGCCGCAGCCGCCGGCGGUGGUGCAGCUGCUGAAGCAGCACGGCAUCACGAUGGUGAGGCUGUACGACGCCGACGCCGGAGGGCUGCGCGCGCUGGCCAACACCGGCAUCAAGGUGGGGGUGUCCCUGCCCAACGACAACAUACCGGACGCGGCGAGCAGCAUGUCGUACGCGGUGCGGUGGGUGCAGAGCAACGUGCAGGCGUACCCGGGCACGUGGAUCGACAGCGUGGCCGUCGGGAACGAGGUGUUCCACCAGGCGCCAUGGCUGACCCACCAGCUCCUCCCGGCCAUGAAGAACAUCCAGGCGGCGCUGGCCGGGGCCGGCCUGGGCGACGCGGUGAAGGUGGUGACGCCGAUCGCGCUGGACGCGCUCAAGGUGCCGUCGUUCCCGCCGUCCGUGGGCGAGUUCCGGGACGACAUCGCGUGGUCGGUGAUGCGGCCCAUGGUGGAUUUCCUGGAGCAGACCGGCUCCUACCUCACCUUCAACAUCUACCCCUACUUCGCCUACAAGUACGAUUCUCACGUCGACCCCGACUUCGCCUUCUUCCGCCCCAACAACGGCCAGCACGACCCGGGCACCGGCCUCACCUACUUCAACCUGUUCGACGCCAUGGUCGACGCCGUGUUCCAUGCCGUGGAGAAGCUGGGCAACUCCGGCGAGCAUACUCAUGGUAAUGGCAGGACGCGUCGACGUGUUGCCUCGUUGAUGAGGGUUCCAGAGUCGGGUGCCCCGGGCGGCAAAGGCAAAACGGGGGUGGCCUCGAACUCGAAGCUGGACGGCUCGGCUUCGACGGAGAACGCCCAGGCGUACAACUCCAACCUCAUCCGCAAGGUCCUGAGCGGCGCCGGCACGCCGUACAACCCCGACGCGGACAUCUCCGUCUACAUCUUCUCCCUCUUCAACGAGAACCUCAAGCCGGGCGACGACGACGAGCGCAACUUCGGCCUCUUCUACCCCAACGGCACGCAGGUGUACGACGUGAACUUCACCCGCCCCGGCCCCGGCCCCGGCCCCGGGGGGCCAAGCUGGUGCGUGGCGAACGCGGCGGUCGGGGACCGGAGGCUCCAGGACGCGCUGGACUACGCGUGCGGGAACGGGGCGGACUGCAGCGGCAUCCAGGCCGGCGGGUGGUGCUUCGAGCCCAACACCAGGGUCGCGCACGCCUCAUACGCGUUCAACGACUACUACCAGCGCAACGGCCGGUCCGUCCAGUCGUGUGACUUCGGCGGCUGCGGCUCCGUCGUCUACCAGCAGCCAAGCUUCGGCAACUGCGUGCUGCCACAAUGGCGUAAUGGACUCAAGAGGUUGGGAGGAGGACCAAACACGGGGCCGCCCUACGUGCACCUCGCUCAGGGAUAG